GCAUGGAUUUGGAGGAACUGGCCCAUGGAUUUGCAUCUCCGCAAGAGGGGGAUCACCGAUCACGAUGUCCAUGGAGGGAGGAGCCGACGGGCGAUGGCAUGGAUUUAGAGGAAAAUUCUGGAAUCGAACCGGGUUCAGUAGCCCCGGGGGGCAAGGGUCUGAUAUUAACAUCAUAACACCGUUACAAUAGCCAUUUCAAUCGAACGCGCAAUGAUUCGAUCCUCCGUCGCCCUGUGCCCGCUCAUCGUCCUUUUGCUCGCCGGCGCCGCUAUCAGCGCCGACGAGCGCCUAGGCGCCAAGGAAUGUGAGGACUUAGGGUUCACUGGCCUUGCCCUAUGCUCCGAUUGCAACACCCUUGCCGAGUACGUCAAGGACGAAGAACUGGUAUCUGAUUGUCGUAAAUGCUGCUCAGAGGAUUCUGAUGAUUCCAUCAGUAAGGUUACAUUUUCCGGUGCAAUUUUAGAGGUCUGCAUGAGGAAGCUGGUUUUUUAUCCUGAAGUUGUAUCAUUCAUAGAAGAAGAAAAGGAUAAAUUCCCAUAUGUCAAAAUCCAAUAUGCUUAUGCAUCUCCACCAAAACUUAUCAUGCUGGACAGUGAUAAUAAUCCUAAGGAAACCAUAAGAAUCGACAAUUGGAAGCGUGAACACAUUCAACAGUUCUUGAGGGAAAAGAACUUUGGUGUCUUCAAUGCACAUGGCCGGAAGCCUUAGUGUCCAGGGCCUUUGGGGCUCGGCCCCGACGGCAACCUCGCUAUCAACGUCUCCAUCGUCGCCUUCGCCUUCUCGUACACGCUCGGGUACGCCGCCAGAGGGCCCUCCUCGCAGAACUCGGAACACUCGGGCACCGGCCUCGCCGCGCACCAACUGCUUGACGAAAUGGCGAUGAGAAAAACCACCACGAGAAACAGCAUCAUGCGAGUCCUUCGAACCGCCAUCCUGCAAGUUUACUCUGGUUGAAGAAGAAGAAGAAGAAUUAUAAUCCUGAAGUUGGAGGAAGAAUUGGAUUGCGUGAGAAGCAUAUAAUGCAAGUGCAGGAGCGGUGGGUGAAUUGCGAAAGCAAAAAAGUCUUCGAUCAAACAAAUCAAAGAUUUGAAAAAUGGUUGGCUUUACGACCAAAUGGGAGCUUGACAUGGUAAGGGAUGAGGGAACGGGAUGGCAUUUCUUCCAACACAUUGGAAGCAACGCAGCCGCAAUUCGUAUGUUUUGACUACGAGCUGUGGAAGUUGGAAGCAGUCGGCAGCGGCCAAGGUUUUUUAGGAUCUUCAUUUCUAAAUUACUAUUGCUCCUAAACAAAAUGGGAUUUAUAAUUUAUAACUCUACUACGUUUUAAUUAAACCUUGGUUGAAUAUUAACAAAAUAAUAAUAUAUUUAGUUGAUUGUCAAAUAGAGUUAACACAUAGGCAAAAGUGAUGUAUGACUCUUUUAAAAUGUUAUGGUUAAGUCAAAUGUUAGA